CUGCUGAUGGAUGGAAUGUUGCUGAGCUUUGUUCCACUGUUUCGAGUCGCGGCGGUUCUGCUGCGGUCAGGACAUUUGGCCAGUCUGGCAUGAGAGAUAGACAUAAGAGUAAUGCCCGCGACGCCCCCCCCCCCCGGGAGGCAAAGUAGAAGAAGGUUCUCUGCUGUACUUGGGCUCGACCUGCUCCUUGCUCCUCCAGCUCCGUCGGCGGCCGCGGUGCUGAUUCAAUUGAUUGAUUACCUGCGUACCGUUUGCUCUCCACCUCCACCCUUUGUCACCCGUCCCCACCUGCGUGUCAGUGUGCCAGUCUGCCCAGAGCCGGUUGCUGCCGCUUGGCCCGCGUCUGCGUUCGCUGCGCGCAAAUCCUUGGUUGCGAUCCCGGCCUGUUGGGGUGGAUCACUGCUGCAAGCCGGUCAAGCCAUUAAUUCGCUUCUGCAUUGGUGCAGCAGGCUUUGGUUGCUGUGGUGGGGACGUGCAGCCCAGGCGUCCAUCGACUUUAUCGACCAUCCCGGCUCGCUGAGCAUCCCAAAAGCGCUGCUCGGCCGUCCCAAUAGUCGCCGCCCUGUCCUCCCAACACAAUUACUCCUCCUCCCUCCAACAAUUAACAGGCCGUGGCCAGCCUCCCCUUCUAUAUACACGCCCUGCCCGUUGCCAUUGAGUCGGACUCGACAUCAACGGCCCUCAGGCGUGCUUAUCAACCACCACCCGGCAGCCUCGACGGUGCAUAUCAGUAUCAGUCCACCUGCCUCACCCGGGAGCAGCAGAGAGCCCCUUCUGUAUCUACGGAAGCCGCCGGCCUCGCCUUCCCUCAGACUUUCCUUCACCAUUGUCUGCCCGACUGCUCGCCAGUCCCUCACGAGCCUUGUGUGUCCGCAGAACCUCGACGUCACAGCUUUGACUAGCUGUGAAAGACCGACGGCCUCGCGACCCUUCACCUACGAGUGCCCUCGAGCCAAGCUCCCUCGGAGCAGCUCCCUCACGUUAUUUUCUGUGAGUUUGCUUCAGUCAGCCAUCGCCAAUGCGUGAUUGAGUCAGAUACCUUCGCCAUUUCGCCAUCUCGCCAUUUCGCCAUCGCCCUUAUCUUGCCCCGUCUACGCCUCUAACCCCCC